CUCCCCACAUGUUAUGAGUAUGACCACAAAGCUUCUUCUUUUUUUUGCUCUUUUUCCAUUUCUCCAUCAUAUAAACAGAUAGGCUCUCCUCCUCCACUUAGCUCACGCACUUUCAAAAAAGUCAAAUUACAAUCUUUUGCUUUUGGUCUGACAAAAGUCAAUUCCAAUACUGAUAAAGAUGUUUUAAGACUUCGCACCCCUUGAUGGGACCCGCUAUAAUACUGAGCAUGCUAACUUUCUUUAUAGAAAUUCAUCAUCUUUCAAACCACAGCACUUCAAGGACACCUUCUAAGGACUCCAAAUUUUGAUAACUUCUUCACAAAUCACAAUCCUUUUCCCUCUGCUAAAUCUCAAGUUUUGGCCCUUUUUCCUUCUUUCUUUUUUUUCGAUUUUACAUUGUACCAGGCAGUAAAUGAAUGGUGAUGGAAAAAAUCUAUGAGAUGGUCAAAAUGAGCCUGAGUUUCACCUUCUUGAUCUUCUUUACCUUCCUUCUCUUCCCUUAUGUGGACAGCAUGAACACCAAUUCCAGUGAUCCUUUAGAUGGGUUGGUUCAAGAUUUCGCUUCCGAGAUGCUCUAUGAACACCGGUUUCAUUCGGGCUCUGUCUACAGAGCUCCAUCUCCUGCAAAUCUAUCUGGGGUGGAAGUUUCAAUUGUAAGGCUUAGAAGCAGGAGGUUGUGGAAUAAAGGAGCUAAUUUUAGCUACUUCCGCAUUCCUUCAAGAACAACUUCUGUGCCUCAUGUUAAAAGAUUGGUUUUGGUAUAUCAAAACUUGAGAAAUUGGUCCUCUUACUAUUAUCAAGUUCCAGAUUAUUCUUUCGUUACUUCUGUUGUUGGUUUCAAAGCUUUUGAUGCAUCAAAUGUGAGUGCCAAAUCCACCACAAAAAUCAGCCUCAAUACCAUGGGGAAACCGAUAUUGAUUCACUUUCCCAAUUUGCGUCUUACUAGGGAUAUGAUUUCCAGGACAAGAUGUGUAGCUUUUGCAGCUAACGGGACGGCUUAUCUCAGUAAAAUGAGCUUCCCAGGAGUUUGUUUUUCCAGAGAAGAUGGUCAUUUCUCAGUGGUUGUUCCCUCCAGGAGGAAACAGAGGGUUUGGUUUUGGUGGUCAAUUGGGUUUGUUUUUGGGAUUGUUGGGCUUGUUUUGGUGGGUUAUGUUGGGAUGGUUUCUUUGAGGCUGUUGAAGACAAAGAAGAUUCAGAUAAUGGAAAGACAAGCUGAUGAAGAUUUGGUCCUUGCUAGUAGAUGGGUUGGUGGUAGUAAAAUGCCUUCUGCAACGGUAACAAGAACGGCGCCUGUCCUUGAGAAUGGAGGUUUUCUAUAGUUUCGUCUCUUUUGCCUUCUGUUUUCAAUUUUUUGCAUUCUGAUUUUACCUCGAGAAGCUUUAGGAAAUUUCAUGGCAGGUUUCUUAAUGCCGAAGACACCAACAGUUGAAAUGGUACGGUAUAUUUGUGAAAUAUGUUUUCUAUUUUUUAAUUUCAUAGUAGGUUAAAACUUAAAAGCAUCAGAUUGAGAGUACUGUAAUUCUGUGCAUAUAAUUAUGAAUUUGAAGUUCUUAAUAAGCAUUUGUUUUUUUAUUACUUCCUAUAGCAUAGUCAAUUGCAUCCUCUUAUGGAACUAAAUCUAGGAAACAAAGUAGUCGGAUUGACUUCACAAAUGACAUUAAGGCAGUAUAGACAAAUAAACACUCUCCUUCGUCCUUGCUGUGGAAUGCAGUCUCAAGCCCCAAAUUUCUGAGAAAACUAGAAAAUUUUUAUCUAUUAAGAAUUAAGACAACAUACAAAGCUGCAAGAAAGUUUUGUUGAGAGGGUUAAGCAUAACUAAGUUGUAACACCCAGCUAAACUUCUGAGUAAACAAGAACAUUAAUGACAACCAAACUUCCGCGAGAACAAUAACAUUAUAAAAAUGCUCCGUUGUCAUU